AGUCGACAUAUUGUAGUUCAUGCAGAAUGUUGUAUCCUGCAGCUAGGUAACGUUGUGUGAUCCAUGGGCAAGUUAUAACAGGUAGUACAAUGUGCAUGUGAGAUUCAUUGCGCAGCAGAGACAUAGAUAAAUUUAAAUUUUUUUGUUUUAGACUAGUCAUUUCGCACGAACUUCAAAUUUCCCUCUGGGAUUCUGCACAACAUUAGAUAAAGAAGGCGCAAGUGUCAGGAACGAAAUCAUAGAAAUCAUGAACGUGCGGAAAGUGCAAGCGGCUGGCAUUUUUGCCUCUCACCGGGCCAUGACAAAGCGAUCCGUCGCGAUUCUCAUGGCACUUCUGGGAUUUUGGCCACACACCGUCAGCGGGAGCAACACGGCUCGAGGAGGUUUUCUGCAGAGGGUAACGGAUAUGGCGGAGGAGGUGCUACAGGAUCAAAACCUAUGCUGUUUCGCUGCAAGCGCAGCCGUCUGCGGUGCAGCUUCUUUGUGCUACGUACAGGGUCCAGCAUCUACUACGUGUUGCUGUAUCUCCGCUGCAGCGGUAUAGCACCAUUGUCGAUAUUCGGAUCAGGCUCUGUGUUGACAUUCAAUCUAUCUUCAUUGAUGGUACUAGAGAUGCUAGCGAUACUGAUAGAGUACGGAGUUACAAAAAGGCCAAUAAAGCCACUGAAGAAGGGAUAUGGUGCUGGAGUGCCAUUUGUUUUUAUUAUUUGUGCAUUUCCUGUACCUGCUUGUUGUGCUUGCCCGGGCUCGCGCAGGCGUCCCUCGCCGUCAGGUUGAGCAGCGUUUUUCCUGCAAAAGGACCAGCCAGAUGGAAUCGAGCUCAUCACGAGAAAACUUCUCUGGCGGGGAAAAAAUAAAUUCUUUUCGUCCUCGUCCGUCAUCACCUGGCACACCACUAUAAUUGAAACGGCUUGGAUCUGAAGACAGUUGACUCAUUGACAUUGAUCCUCAAAAAUCAGGCCUACCAAGUAUACCAGCAAGUGCCCGAAGCGAAGUCAGGCGGUAUCGGCAUGCAAUGGGACAGAAAUUCCGGAUGCAUUGUUGCUGGGGCGGCUGCGAUCGAUGACACGACGGGAAAGGGAAUAGGUGGCAUUGUGAAGUAUGGCAGGAACGGUCCCGGGUGGUCUUUGCAGUAUAACGCUGAAGGCGGUGGCAACUUGGGUAAUGUUAGAUCGAUUGCGUCCGCAGUUUUUAAUCAGCAAUUUAUGUCGGGGCCGGGGGGAUCGGCUUCGGCGGAGGACAACGACGAAGUUCGCGCACGGAACAAGCGAGAACAAGAGCGGGGACAGAACCACGACGAACCAGAGCGGGGACAGAACCCGGAACAGCAAUGAAGACAGGAGGUUCCUGGGCUUUUCGUGUUGUCAAGAGAAGCUGCAGUCUAGUUGUAAUGUGAAUACAGUGAUCGCGCGUAUGUCAAACUCUUCAAAGUCUAAGUAUCCGCGAUCGGGUCUGGUGGGGACGCCCGUUGUUUCUGAUGGAGAGGAGGACUAGCGUAGACGUGGAUACGUAUUGCUACAAAGUUUCAUGAGAAUACAGAAUAAAUUUUUGUUUGACACCAGCGUAAUCAGCAGUUUCGGGUAAUAUUCCCAGAACUGAACAAACACUGCUGAAGUAACGCACAGAUGUUUAUUCGUUCAAGUUUUUUGCAUGUACAAACAUGAAGCACAUAAUAAGGAGUAGAGGAACUAAAAAAAGGUCUGAUUUGGAACCUAGCGUGCGAGGUUGCACGCGUUGCGUUACUUAUACAAAUGCCUUUAGCUUCACAGCUUCGGUUGUCGGACCUUCAUGUCCAUACCAUCCACUGCGCUUUUACGUUUUUUUCUGGUUUUGAUCUUUUUUUUAGGAAAGAAGAAAACUCACUUCACAACUCCAACUCCCGUAACUCGAUUCUGAAGUGUUUCAGACGGGGCGCCCAACUCUGAUAAAAAGUAGACGGGUAUGACGACAUGAGCAAUACUUCAUAUUUACUUUAUACUUACAAAUACAACAUACUAGAUACUUACUACAUGAGCAUGGCUCAUUGAUGCGAGCCAAAAGGUAGUUCUUCGAUUGUUGAGAUGUUGAAAGCAACAUUUUCACAGUCAGUGCUCGUUUUUUUAGCUCGACAAUGUCCGAAAAGAAGUAUGGAUGCGGGAAUGCAUGUGGUACUUGUCGUCCGAAGAACGAAC